CGUCGCGACGCUUUUUAGGGUGCGGCACGCGUCACGCGUCCGAACCUCGACGACAACAUUGAACUUCAGUACCGCUACCGACAUCAAACGCACCCUCGCCGCCCGCAUAAACCCGCGCAAUGGACAUGAAAGGCAAAGUGGUCCUGGUGACCGGCGGUGCGUCCGGCCAUGGCCGUCAGUAUUGCGUCGAGCUGUUCAAACAAGGAUGCAAGAUUUCCAUAUGUGACAUCAACACCGAUGCAGGUGAAGAGCUGCUGCAUGAAUUAAUGAAACAAGGCGGCACUGCUUCCUCUGUGAUUUUCAACCCCUGCGAUGUGACGGAUUACAUGCAAUUCGAGGAGGCUUUUCAGGCGACCAUUUCAAAACUCGGUGGGGUGGACAUUGUUGUCAACAAUGCAUCCGUGAUGAAUGAUCGUUUAUGGGAACUUGAAGUUGAUGUCAAUUUGAAUGGUGUUAUUAGAGGAUUACUAUUGGCGUUUAGAUUUCUAGGAAGAGAUCGUGGUGGACCUGGAGGGAUUGUUGUCAAUAUCGGAUCAAGUUCUUGUCAGAAUCCUUUAAUAUCGUUGCCUGUUUUUACUGCAACCAAACAUGCAGUGGCAGCCAUGACUCGUUGCUAUGGUGAUGCAUCUCAUGUUAAUCUAACUGGUGUAAAGGUGGUGGCAAUGUGCCCUGCACCAACUCCAGCGGCUCUUCAGGGUGAUGCUCGUAAACGUUUGCUAAGUGGAGAGUAUGAACAAACAUGGCAGCGAGAUGUUUCAAAAACAACACCUUUAAAGUCAGAACAUGCUGCAAAAGCUCUUGUUGAAAUAAUAAGAAAAGCACCAAGUGGAAGUUGUUGGUUAGUAGAAAACUCCAAGGCCCCGAGCGAAAUCAAAAUGUUUUCCUAAUUGCUCACCGUCGAACUAAUAAGAACGAAAACAAAUGCAAUCAACAAUAAUAAAGCUCAUCGUACUAUUCUACCACCAACAAAUGCAUAUCUUUCAAAAUUAGCAUAACUCACAUCACAAGAACGUAAAAAGAAUUGACAACAAUCAAAUCAAAUAAUCUACACAUAUAAAAUAUAAGCAUAUAUUUUAAAACUAAAGAAAAACUAUGAUAAAUGAUGACAAUGCAAAUCAACACAAGAAUCGUCAAGACAGCUAAUGGCAAAAGAUAACACCACCUAAUUAUUUACAUGUAUAAAAAACGUAUUUAACAUUUUUGAAAUUUUAUAAAACUUGUCUACUAACAAACGCGAUCAUUCAUAUUUUUUCCAAAAAACGGUGUAGAAAGUAUAUAAUGAUAUGGAAAAAACGCUUAUUAAAUGUAUACUUAUACUCGAAGCUUAAUUUACAACUUAAAACUGUAUAGAUAUCUAGGGAUGAUAACUUUCCGAAAGUCUAAAUCUGUGCUUAUGAAUAGCUUUAUGUUGGCCAAACUCUACUUUUUACACUCACUUUCGGAUUGCAUUUUGAAAUUUUUGAGAGUUUUGAGACGUUAUACACAUAAAAAAGUAUUGGAAUUUUUAAAACAGAUACAUGUGAUGGUCGAAUACGCCUAAUAUUAAUAUACAUGCAUUAAACUAAAUUAAAUAAAACAAUUGUAAUUGAACUAUUCUUUUACUUUGUAAAAGUUACAAGUUAAGUUUAAAUAUUUACGAGUUGAAUUAAAUUUUGAACAAAUUUUGAUAUUUCUGGCAUUGUAUUACAUAAACAUUAAAUUUUACUGAUUUUAAAUCAAUGUUUUAAGAAUAUAUUAAUUGAAUAAUGUAAAAAUAUAAAUGGAUUCAAAAGUGUAACUGAAACGUAAUGAAAAUAAACUAUUAAUCAUUUA